UGAACAUUGUCCAACUUGUAGCUGCUAUAGUAAACAUUCAACUAAAGAAUCUGCUACCAAAGCUGAUAUCGUUUCCGCAAUAAGGAGCAUCGAGUACCGUGUAAAAGAAGAAGCAAAAAUGACCAGGGCUUUGUUUAGUAUGAAUAGUACUACAGCAGAUAUUGAGAAAAUACUACAAGAUGAGACGAUUAUUGAUUUGCCAAAAACUAAUUUAGAAGCCUUCCAGGUUUUUGAUGAACAAUUAAAAACUAAUGUUGAGUUAUUAAAAAAACUGAAAUGUUACAUGGUCUAUAAUAUUAAGAGUACAACAAAAAUAUCAGAAAUUUUUACAGCGUUAAUCCCACGAAUUAUUUCAAAGGAUGUACAGUUACUCUACACCGCCUUUGGAAGAGAAACAAAAGGUGCAAAAAAAUUGAAUUUUUCUGGGACAGAAACUUACAAAUAUUUACUCGAUGUCAUCUCUACGAAACUAACAAAUAUUGACAGUAAAGAAAUUUCUAGCCAACUCAGUCGCUGGUUUUCGGGUGCCAAAGAUAGAGAUGGCGGAAAGAGGGAGAUACUUGAUAAAAAAAAAUACUGUUCUAAAACCACCGACAAUUAUUAA